AUGCCCGCGGCGUUAGUUUUCAUCAGUGUGUGCCUCUUUGGCGCCUUUUCGGCCGCCGUAGAGGCCGAUAAAGUGCAGCGUCGCUUUGCUGCCUUUACGAUCUCUGAGGAGGGACCUAGCGCCCCUCUUGGCUUCGUUCCGCAGUCAACUGAGCAGGUGUACCUCGCCUACUACAGCGGAUUGGUUGAUGUGUACAGUGAUGCGGAUGAUGAGCGCAGGUACAACCUCUUCCCGGACAAUGUCCACCCUGGGCUGUCGAUAUUGUCCCAUCCCAAGCAGAGUGCAUCUGAAGCUAUUGGGAGCUUUCGCGCUGAUGCUGCAGUGACUGCUGAGUCGUGGUGUUUCGCUUUGACGGCAUUCUUCCUCUCCGGGCGGAUGCCACGCAGCGCCGAUGCUGAGGACAGCAAAUGCACCCUUGACCUCUUCUAUCACAGGUGCCUUGGUCUUAACGGUCACACCGAUGCCGAAGAUGAAAACGACUACACGAGCUGCCUUGCUCAGCUGCCUCCCGGCGCGUCGCUUGAGGACGUCUACAUGUUCGAGAAGUGGUCACGCAGAUGCCCCAAACCCCUCUACGCCGACUCCCUCAGCGUAAACACGAAGGCAGCCGUUUGCAAUGGCGUCUUCAGCGAAUCCCCAUCGGUGGCUAGUUUGGUAACCGAAAGGCACUGCUACCUUCACGAUCUGUUGACCCUGGAUUGGAUCCCAUACUCCGAGGUGCAGCAUCAGGCCGGAAGCUCGUUGUCCGCUAUGAUAAACCCAGACAAGGUGGCAGCCAAAUACAUGAACACCUGGCGCUACCUGCAGACCAGCAAAUCCGCGGAAUUCCAGUUGGGAUUGUCCCACGCGGUUUCGGACUUUUACAAGGAGGUGAUGACCGCGUUGUCUAGCGACAAGGCCAAAAACAUCGCCACUUUCCUGGAUGAGCAGGCCACCAAUGUUCAGAUCAGAUAUGCCGUCGCCGCAUUUACUAACCGUGACGGGAUUAUCAAGAGCGAAUUGAGUUUCGGUGUUGCUUUCAACAGCGCUGCUGCCGCGGACGUUCCUGAAUUCGACUUCAUCACGCCCGUUAACAUUCCUGCACACGUCACCUCAUCAGUGCUAGGAAUGGUGGACCCCCUCAUGAAGGAAAGCGCAGUUAAGGCGGAUGUAGGCUAUUCCGAGUUCCAAGGCCGUGGUCAACAUCGCUCCUGGACAGUUUCCAUUACGCUGGAUGUACUGCCGUUGAAGAAGAUGCUGGGAUUCCCAGGAAGGUUGUAUCUGAAGGUGGCACACAUGCUCGAGCGCAGCGUUCUCCUGGAUAACGAUGAGCUAAACGGUUGGUUCGACAGACUGGAGUCGGAGGAUGACCUCACUAAGAUCGAGGCGUCGCCCGUAGAACUCGACACCGAGAGGAAGGUCGGAAUUGCCAGGCUGCGCACACUACGCACGCCGUUCAUCGAUAUCGAGCAACACGAGAUGCACUCUGCUCCGGUUCUCUACUAUGGCUACAUAGCAGUGGAUGGGUGGGCGCUCUCACUUGAGCGCCUGGAAGUGCAGUACACCCUGCUGACGCACACUCGCUACAUGCACAUGAACAAAGGCUUAACGCCCGAACUCGCUCAUGCGCCGGGUGUCAGGGCACUGAAAGGUCUCACGUCAUGGAGGUAUGACCUGACGUUCAUUAGUGAACCUCUGGUAUAUAUAUUGGAUUCUCCGAAGGUGCCAAGCGGUAUCGGCUCUGCAGUGCCGCCAAUGGCGAUGUCAUACGUCGAAUACCUUCGAAGCAUUUCCUUCCUGAAGCUCGUUGGUCAGGAUGCGGCGGACGCCGACACACCCGCGUUAACCAAGAAAACGCAGUGGCGUCGCAUCUACACAACAAAUCACGCCUCGGGACCGUCAUCGGAGGCGGCGAUCGAGGUAUGCAAGCCGAAACGCACCGGGCUCGCACUUGUCGGCCGCAUGUUCUCCAUGGAACGCUGUGCCGGCACCCGCAACAGGGUGUUGAAGAUCGCGGAGCAGCAGGGCUACGUCGUGUUCUCGACACCAGUUGGCAAGUACGCAAGCUACAACAUCGCCGUUGUCACCACCUUCGCCGUCACGGUCAUAGUCACCAUUGUGUCCAUCGCGCUGGCCCUCAAGGGCAGCGUCGACCUAGUUGUAAAGGAUAAAAAGAACUAG